UUUUCAGCAGCCUGACAACCUUAAGCUUAUCUGUCGGCCAUUUACAUAUUCGAGCUUUCUUGGUAGAAACUCCGAGUUUUCGGAGUGAAAUCAGGGGAGGAUUUAACUUCACUCCCAAGGCUAAUUAGAAAUUGUCCAGAAUACGCACUGAACAUUCAAUUUGCACAGAUACGAUCUGAACAUGCAGUGGGCAUCUAUAAAAAGAGCAAGAAAGAUAAAAAUGGUGGGAAUUUUGGGGUUGAUAGCUACCAUUUCGGGCUUCGUUGCAGAGGCUGACCAUGUCUGGGUAAAACUCACCCUCAAGAUGGGGUUUGUCCAAUGAACACAUACCCUCAUCACAGUACAUCUAUUUUUAGAUUGUAAACAGAGGAUUCAGUAAAUGAAGAAAUUGUAAUGGUUUAUCCUAAUGAUUAUCCCAUGUGGUUGCAUUGAAUUUUCUUUCUGUCUGUAAAAGAAAUGUGACAGAAAUCGUAACAGUUCUGGAAGAUGGACAGAACAAGGGAUUGGUGAAUUUAAUUGUCUCUGCAAUUGAGACAAUCCCAAAAUAGGGCAUACACCGGUUCCCAUGUACAAUCUUUGUUCUCACCCACUCCAAUAGAUUCAUUCUUUUACUUGGUUUAUUAGUGUCAAUAAUGUGUAUUGCUGAUCUUGUUGGCUUUGCUUCUUUCGCUCUUCUUUUUGUUUGAGUUCAAAAUGUUUCUGAGCAAUGCAAGCAGCUUUGAGUCAAUUGUGAUGAAUAUAGUAGAAAAGGAGAAGUCUUUGUUCCCACAUUUGAGCCCUGAACUUUUGUCAGUGUGCACACCCUCUCAUAGUUCAAGUGCCCUGACUGAGAAAGGUGGUGGAUGGGGAGGAACAUGGGAGAAGGCUUCCAGAAUAGUUGAUGAGAGCACAAGCUCUGCUCAAGGAGGAUCUUCCAAGGCUUGCAUUUACCCAUGCUUAUUCUGUUCCAGGAAGUUUUACAGUCCUCAGGCAUUGGGUGGGCAUCAAAAUGCCCAUAAGAAGGAAAGGACUGCAGCAAGGAGAGCUCAAAGAUCUCAUAUGGGUAUUCAACAGAGAUUCUGCAGCCUAGCACCUUCAUCACUGGGUUUUGCUCAAAAUUCAAGCAAUUUGAUUAGUUCUCUCUGUAUAAGGGGCCAUUCUUCUACUGUUCAAGGAGGAGGAGGAACACAUAGAGGAGGAGUGGGUGAUGGAGAAGGAGGAAAGGGAAUAGAUGGAUGGAUUCAUUCCUUUGUUGGGUAUCAACCCAUUAUAGAUAGAUACUUUCCUUCUGGUCUCUUGGAAAAUUAUGAUUGCAUGGAAGGAGCUGCUACCUAUGGCUCUAACAUAAGCUAUGGCUUCCCAAAAGAGGAGAUGGGUGUCAUUGGCUCCCCAAAAGAGGAAAUGGGUUUCAUGAAACGGCCAACUAAUUUCCCUGAUGCAGUGGAACCAAGAGAAGAUGGCUAUGGCUCCAGGAAAAGGGUUCGAAGUGGGGAUCCUCAAUUUUCUGCAACAAGUUUGGCUAUGAAUUCAGGUGAUCAGAAGCUUGAUUUAUCGUUGCAUCUGUGAAUGGAAUGUGAAUAUGCAUGUAAGGGUAAGAAUGUUGAAGGCUAUAUAAAAGUAUGGGAAUAUGAUUCACCAUAACAAAGGUUGGAGCAAGGAGGGAUCAUGGUGUUUUCAUUAUCUCUAUUCUUUGGAAAGUUAGGUGUUUCAAUUUUGUAUAGAUUUAUUUAUUAUUUAAUAGUAUUUUAAUUUUUCCAAAAAAUUUAUAAUAUGUAUAAAUAAUACAAUAGGUUUUCUUACAGUCACAACAUAGUAGGAUGAUUUUAUGUAAAAAAAACUUAUCAGAAAUGAAAUUGACAUCCUUACUGCAUGAGAGGCGUUCUUACAGCCACAACCCAAUUAGAUUAGCAGUUGGGAAACCCUCCAUCUUC